AUGUCUCGUCGAGCAGCUUCGUCGGCGCCUACAGGGGCUGUCAGUUCCACCCUUACGGUCUACGACCUCGCAACGAAGAUACUAGAGCGAAACUCGUCGAAAGAAUCUCUGGACGCGGUCGCGAAGCUUUACGUUGAGUUUCUGGGUGAAUCAAGCGAUGACGAGAGAACGCUUACGUGUCUCCGAGAACUGGACGCUAUGAAUUUCUUGGAGGGCGCUUUGUGGCCACUAGCGGACGCUGUGUCCUCCGUACACGACUGUCGCCAUCACGUAAAGAAAGCGUGGAUAGUCUCUGUGCUGCUUCUCGUGUGUUUCCGCGCACGCGAGGGAGACGUGCUGUCUUCUGGGGACCGCUCUAGUGGGAUAUGGACGUUUCUUAAGGAAGAGGGCGCGGCUUUGACGACGUUCACGACGACAUUGUGGACGGCUUUGGCAGACACUGAAGCCGGAGACGACGCCGCCAAGUGGACACUUAAGGAGCAAACAGCGCUAAUCCAGUUCCUCAUCACGAGCUUCCAGAGCCUUGAUGUGCCGCAGGUGGCGGCCUCCGUGUUGCAGAUGACGUCGCUCCCGCUUUGGACAGCGAUGUCACCAACCCAGCGCGCCCUCGAGUUCCAGACGUACCCGAAGCUGGAGGUACGCUGGAAGCGCAUAAUGGCAGAGAAUACUUUUACCAAGACAGAGGACAAGAAGGCGCCCAAAAAGAACAAGCGACGCAAACUCGAGGCGACCGCGGAGACCCCGCACCACGAGCAAACUGCGCUGGUGUAUCGACUUGAUGCGUUUUUCCAGGUGCUGAAGGCUCCAGUCGACGAUGACGUAUCAAAGCACGAAAUUGCCCAAAGACUGCGCUUUGUGGCAGUGUUUCUGGGGUUGCUGAUCGAUCUCUUGAGCCAGCUGCCCACACGUCGUUUUCUGUUGACAGUAUUAAGGCGUCGUCACGUGCGCACGGUGCUUAGAAACAGUGCAUUAGUGCAACACGCACUGCAAUGGCAGAGUCUCAACGACAGACACUCUCUCAGCAAGCAGUUGGUGCUAUUAGAUGCAUGCAUGCAGUUUCCUAUUGAUGCACAAACUGGUGCGUCGAUACCUUCGCGGGAGCAACGAGAGCAGCUUGCUCUUCACAUCCAGGCGUUGCAGCAGUGUGCAUUUGCGUUCUUCAGGAACUCUUGUGUGGAAGAAUUAGCCAUCGCUCCAUGUGGUCAUAUUGCGGACGCUUCCAGCUUCGCAGAGACGCUGAAAGCUAUAGCAGCUGCUGAUAGUUCGCGGCUGUCGGCAUUGGCUAUCGCUGUGGGUGUGCUGGCUGAUCAAGCGGAGGCUGACUCAAUCUCCGACGCUGACUUGAUUGAGUUUUUCAAGGAAGAAUACUCGGUUGACAGUACUAAUGGCACCGACUCUCUAUCGUUCAACGUGGCAGUGUUCCCUACAGAGUUGGACAUUUGGAAUGGAAUGCUGAACCGCGAGACAACAAGAGACGUUUACAGUGCCGACGAAAGCAACCUGUUUCCGAUACUACCUUUGCGCAAAUUGGGUUUGCAGUAUCUGAAUCUGGCGGACCAUCUCCAACGCAACUACGAGCUGCUUCGAUUUGAAGCUGCGCAACAUAUCCGCAAAGAUCUUGAGACUGCUAUCAAGCAACUUGACGCUGUGCGUGCUCUACUUUCGUCUAGCGAAAACAAUACCAUUUUUCGUGGGUUUUCUCGCUCUGCUGUACCGCUGACGAGUCCGCUUCAGAUUGUGAAAGUGGGUAAACCGGUGCUGGGACAAACUGCUCCUGCUUCCGUUGUUGCACAAUUCGACGUGGAACUCACUGGUUGCCACGACCGCAAGCAGUUCGAUUGUUACCAAACGAAGGAGGUGGUGUUCCUUGUGACAGUUCGAGCAACGGCUGAUGAAGGUGCUGAAAUAAUGGGCUUCCAGCAACAGUCAAAGGAGACGGGGUCAUUUCCUGUAAACUUUGGUAUACAUUAUGUGCGAGCAGGAGAGAUCAUGGAGGUUACGGACACAGCGGGCAAUGCGAUUAACGACGAAAACCCCGUGGGUAAAGGUACCAAACGAGUCUUCAAACUUGCGUUGGACGGCGUGCAGUACAUGAGCGAUCUGGAAUCUGGCCACCUUGACGCAUAUGAACAAGUGAAUCUAUUAGUUCGACGGAAGCAGCGCGAGAAUAACUUCAAGGCUGUACUGGACACAGUCGCUAGAGCGUGGCAUGACGCUAACAAGGAAGAGCUACUGCCAGAUUGGCUGCACGAUCUCUUCUUGGGAUACGGAGAUCCAGCGGCUGCGUUGCACAAGUCGAUCUACAAGGUGAGAGCUGAAAAGCAACUAGUGGUACCAAUGGGUGAACUGCUUCUCGAUGGAGAGCACGCACUUGAAGCUGGUGGUGCUGAAAAGCUUGUGAAUGCCGAUGAUGAAACUCAGGAACUGAAUAUGAAGGAAGCAAUUGCUCCAUUUACUUACGUCGAGGACGUGUGUGAAGGGACUAGCUUUAUUCGCGCGUAUCACAAGAAGAGUUUAUCCGCUGCAUCUCCAGUCGUUUCUUCUCCAAUUCGCUACACCAAGACGCAAGUGGCUGCCGUCCGAACGGGGCAAUGUGAAGGCCUCACAUUGGUCGUAGGCCCGCCAGGUACAGGUAAAACUGAUGUGGCUGUGCAGCUCGUAUUGAACCUGUACCGCACAACCCCAGCACGAGAGAAGAUACUAGUUGUCGCUCACUCGAAUCAAGCACUGAACGACUUUUUUGCCAGGAUUUUGGCUCUACAUGUUGUCAAUGAGCAAAGUCGCGUGCGAAUGGGGCAACCGCAGCUUGCAAAUGAAGGUGGUGCGGGCGGAAAGGAAAGUGAGGGCGCUUUCCACGCGGAUUUCAGUCACGACGGUCGUGUGGCAUUCCUGUUAGAGCGGAGAGCAGCAUUGCUGGCAGAAGUGGAACAAAUGGCUCAAUGGCUCAUCAAGCGAGAUGCCGCGCGGUACGCUGGCCUUGCUGGAGGUUCGGCGUCGUAUUCCUGCGAGAACGCGCUUGUCUUCUAUCAGUUCCACAUGAAAACGUUUCUUGAAGCUGCACGCGAUACAUCGAAGUUAACGUCCAAGGAUGACAAGGUUGCUGCGAUUGUGGAGUUCUUUACAAUGCGGAAGGGAGUGGCGCCCAAUGUUGUUGAUGCUCUGCGUCAGUUCUCCUUGGACAUCGAAUCGUAUUUUGCAGAGCUGCGGCGUCUACAGCCUCUCGAACUCCUCCAGACCCCGCGACAACGAGGUGACUUGUAUUUGAUUCAUCAUGCUCGCAUUGUCGCCAUGACAUGUACACACGCGGCGUUAAACCACCGCCGGAUUACGGACCUCGGACUGACAUUUGGAAGUCUCAUUAUGGAAGAAGCUGCCCAAGUUAGCGAGCUGGACAGUCUUGUACCGCUGCUGUUGGCAUGCUCGAAUGGAGUAACGGCCAAUGAGAGCAAGACGUCAUCAAGUCUUAAGCGUGUCAUGCUCAUAGGAGACGCGAAACAGUUACCCCCGGUGGUGAAGUCGCUGGCACUGAAGAACUACGCACACUUCGAUCAGAGCCUCUUUACACGUCUGCUGCGUCUUGGUGUGCCUCACAUUGCGCUUGACCGUCAAGGACGUAGUCGGAGCGAGUUAGCUGAUAUCUACCGGUGGCGAUAUGAUGACUUGUCGACCGGACCCAAACCUACGCUGGGCGAUUUGCCUCGUGUCAAGUCCGAGUCCGAUUACCAGACUGGCAACGCCGGAUUCACUCACGUGGCACAAUUUAUUGAUCUCUCUGCAACAUCAAAGGAGCGUCAGUCCACACCUUUUGCCUACGAAAACGAGGAAGAAGCUCGGUUUGUCGUUGCGCUCUUUCAGUACAUGAUGGGCAUCGGCUAUCGUGCAGAACAGGUGGCGAUUCUCACAACAUACAACGCCCAGAAAGAGCUCCUCCAACGACUUUUUCGAUCUCAAGGUGCGAAGAGCUGCAAAGUGUCGACUGUGGAUCGCUACCAAGGCCAGCAGAGCGACUUCGUACUGCUAUCUACGGUGCGCAGUGAAUCGAGUGUUGGACACCUCCGAGAUGUGCGUCGCGCGUCGACGUCCUUCUCUCGCGCCCGCCUUGGGCUCUAUGUCGUGGGAUGUCGCGGGACACUGGAGCAAGCGCAAGAGUUGAAGCCGUUCCUCUCUAAGCUGAUGUCCAUCGCGGAGAAGCACGAUGGUGAUAAGGCGACUCAGCUGGCGCUGGCGCCGUCUGAACGGGCUGGAAAGCCGACGCCCAUGAAAGACACCACAAAGAAAACGAAGCCCAAGGCGAAAUCUAACGACGUUGUGUACGUCUCUGAUCGCAAGCAGCUUGAGAAAGUGGUGGCAGAGCUUAAGGCUUAG